UCGACGAAUCUGAAACCUACUUAGAGAAAUUCGAACUGUACAAAAUUCAAAUGGAAAAAGUUCAAAAUUUGGUCGAUGAAUUGAGCGGUAAAAGUAUGUAACCCUUCAUUGAUUUUGUGCGUUUCGUUUGUUGCAUUAUUUAUUCCCUCAGUUGUUGAUAAGACGUUAUGCGAUGAGGAUUUAAAUACCUUACGAAAAGAAAUGAAGUUAAUGGUAGAUCUUGAAUGUGAAACGAAACCUUCUCAAAUCUUGUCCAAUUUUGUGAAUUAUAAAGUGAGGUCUUUGAAAAUAUUGCAAGAAUCAUUUCGGAUAUGUAAUUGGCUCAUGGAAAAAGAAUGCAACGAAAUUGACAAUAUAUUUGAUAUUAACUCAUAUAUUGAUAAAAUUCUUGAUGCAUGCACUGAUAAAGACGAUCCUUUGGACAGUAUGAAUACCUUAUUCGAAGAUUGUUUUAUGAAUACAAAUAAUUUUUGUUUAAGUUUUUAUGGUAACAUUGCUUUAGAAACAAGCACUGAUUCUACAGUUAUAACACAAACAAAGAAAGAACAUAAAAGAUCGCAAAAACGUCGAUUAGAAGAACAAAUUGUUCCUGAUGAGGUGUAUAAUUGUGAAGAUGAUAAUGAUAUGCAAGUUAUUCUAAUAGCAGUAAAAAAUUGUUUGCAACAAGCUAUACAAAAGAAUAAUGGAAACCCAAUAUCAUUCUUCAAAUUUGCUAUUAACCCAUACAGUCUGUCACAAACUAUAGAAAAUUUUUUUCAUUUAGCUUCAUUAGUAAAGGAUCGUAUUGUGAUAAUUGAAAAAAAUUCAGAUUGUAAUGAUUUUGAAUCAGCAACCAUAACAAUAAACAAGAAAAAAAUUAAUAUGAAUGUUACUCGGAAUAGAAAAGAUGAUUUUAUAUCAUCACUACUUACAAUAAACCAUGAUUUAUGGAAGUUCUAUAUACAAAAAUACAAUAUUCAAGAACAAAUGAUUGAUCUACGAUAAAUCUUUUUUCAUUUAAAAACAAAUUGUUCAAAU